AUGAUAUUGAGAUUCAGGUCAAAAAGUGGCAUGCACAGGGUGGAGUGCGAAGAAACUACGAAGUUCGGUGAGCUCUUAGAUCGUCUACUGCCUAGAAUAAGUCAGAAUAUCGAUAGAGAUUCUUUGAAGGUUGGCGUCACCGCAAGCGAGAUGUGGAAUGUCAGCAACAUAGCAGACUCCACCAUUAAGGAUUUAGGUUUCAAGCAUGGGUCUCUUUGUACCCUCGAAUAUCAAACAAAGGGGGACCAACUUGCACUUAAUGCUCAAAAUCAAAGUAGCAAUCAAAUGGGAGCAAACUCCGCGGUACAAAUCACCCCUGUUAAGCAUGCUGGUCCAUUGAAUGUCAGAGAGCUACCUGUUGAUGUCCAGCUCGAGAAGGAGGAUGGGCUAAUUGAGCGCAAAAGGUCGCCUCUUUGUAGACACGGCGACAAAGGAAUGUGCGAGUACUGCUCGCCUUUGCCGCCAUGGGACCGCGAUUACCAAAAGGAGCAGAAUAUAAAACAUAUUUCCUUCCACGCACACCUAAAGCAGCUAAAUGAGCAGACCAACAAAAAGCCCGGUGGUGGCUCCUACAUCCCCCCGCUCUCGCAACCUGACUUUCGCAUCAACAAGCACUGCGCAGCUGGACACGACCCUUGGCCCAAAGGUAUUUGCUCCAAAUGUCAGCCCUCUGCUAUCACCCUCAAGCAGCAAGAUUUCAGGAUGGUGGACCACGUUGAGUUCCAAAAAAGUGAAAUAAUCAAUGAAUUCAUUGAUAGUUGGAGACUUACGGGCUCUCAAAGGGUUGGUUACAUAUACGGACAUUACGCACCUUAUGAUGCCACCCCACUUGGCAUAAUCGCGAAGGCAGAGGCGAUUUAUGAAGUUCCGCAACACGACGAACCAGAUGGGCUUACAAUGGAUAUGGAAAUGGUGGAGAAAGAGAUGGAAAAGGUUGACAAAAUUGCGCAGCAGAUGGGACUGCUACGCAUUGGUAUGAUAUUUACGGACCUCACAGAUGCCGGAAGCGGGAAUGGUAGCGUGCUAUGCAAGCGCCACAAAGAUUCUUUUUUUCUGUCCUCUCUAGAAGUCAUCAUGGCUGCCCGGCACCAGCUGCGUAUGCCCAAUGUAUGCAAAUACAGUGAGCAAGGCUUUUACUCGUCAAAGUUCUUCACCUGCGUGGUUUCAGGCAAUGUCGAGGGCGAGAUUGACCUUGCCACAUACCAGGUCUCAACGGAUGCUGAAGCACUGGUGCAGGCUGACAUGAUCAGCGGCUCGACCCAUCCGUCUAUGGCCUACAUCAACGAAACUACGUCAGAGCGUUACGUGCCAGAGAUGUUCUACAUGCGAACUAACGAAUACGGCUUAGUGGUCAAAGAAAACGCAAAACCCGCCUUUCCAGUGGACUAUUUGCUUGUGUCCCUAACCCAUGGCUUUCCAACGCCUGAUGCACCAUCGAAGCCAAAGUUUGCAACCUGCACAGGCUUCCCUUGGGCCAACCGCCAGGCAAUGGGCCAAUCUCAGGACUACCUCCAACUCAAGCGGUAUCUCUACGACUGCAUUACUGCAGGGGACUUUGCACUGCUACAAAGCAAGCUGUCAAACUUCCAACUUCUUCUUUACAUACACUCUCUACAGAUUUUGGGACCUGGGGAGUGGAACUUGCUGGUUUCGGCAGCUACAACUUCCGAACAGAGUGCACUAUACCAGUUGGUUGACUCACCAGAAUGGCAGACCUUGGUGAUGAUUUUACAAGAGUCUGCAUAG